CGUCAGCCGGAUCGAGAUUCAGCUGCGAUGGGCAGGAUGGGGUGGCUAUCUGCUUACUUCCGAGGUAGGUAUGUAGGGACUUACAAGGCACACAUACAGGCAACUAGCCUGCACAAAAGCAAGGGGUAUCUAAGCCACAUGCAUUUUGAAUGGCUAAUCUUAUACCAUGGACACCUAUUCGUCAAUUGCGCGCUCAAUUCAUCAGCUAAUUCAAAAAAGUGAUAAGCCCUCAUGCACAGCCCGAAUCCUUCCUAGUGGGCUAGAGCCUCACCUCACGAUGCUAAUGGAUCUCUUUCUCCUUGAUAAAUCGAUAUCAUUUAUUCUGUAUUCUUUUCCUAAAUUCAUUGUAGAAGUAUAUUAUAAUCUAAGGCCAUCCAGCCUAACUUCACUAUGCGCCUUUUGAAUUGUCGCACGUUGAAAAUGAAAGAGUUCUUCGAUGAUAACCUCCCUUCAUACGCAAUCCUCUCCCAUACCUGGGGCGACGAUGAGGUCUCAUACCAAGACUUCCAAAGUAAAUUCCGGCGACGUAGGAAGCUUGGUUUCAAGAAAAUCAAGAGGUUCUGUACUAAAGCCGCUAGUACGGGAAACGAAUGGGUGUGGGUAGAUACAUGUUGUAUUGAUAAAGCAAGCAGCGCUGAACUGUCCGAAGCCAUCAACUCCAUGUUCCAUUGGUACCGGCGGUCUCAUCAAUGCUUUGUUUAUCUCUCAGAUGUAGACCAGUCAGUGAAUAAAGUGAAAGGCUCAGUUCUUAGGAACUCUCGUUGGUUCACAAGGGGUUGGACGUUGCAGGAGCUUCUAGCGCCCUCACGAGUAUCCUUCUACGACAAAUCGUGGAGCGAGAUUGGGACCAAGAUUUCCCUGUCGAAAAUAAUAAGCGAGAUAACCAAUAUUCCAGAGCAUUAUCUCCUAGGCCAUAGAGACUUGAAAGGUGCUCCUAUUGCACAGCGUAUCUCCUGGGCCUCAAACCGCAAGACUUCGAGGAGGGAAGACAUAGCAUAUUGCCUGCUAGGAUUGCUCAACGUGAAUAUGCCCCUUCUCUACGGAGAGGGCGACAACGCUUUCAUUAGACUGCAAGAAGAGGCCAUGCAGCGCUCCUAUGACCAUUCUAUCUUGGCAUCUGGGUUCAAUCUGCCAUGCCCAGAUCCUGGAAGUUUUCUUCAUAUAUGGACACCAAUCAAGGGGAGAGUGGACAGGACGCCGGCCUGCCUCCCUAAGUCUCCGGAUACAUUCUGUGCAUGGGAUCCAGGUCUCAGUAAUACCAAAGGGAGGAAACACUACCUUCUAACCAACCUUGGCAUCUACAUUGGCUUGAGCGUUCUUCCAUUCAAGUUUAACGGAAACGAUUAUGGCCUCGCUUUAUUGCACUGCGGUCUCGUGGACAGACCUCAUCCUCUACUUGUGGCUUUACCGCUUAGACUACACAAGUCAAACGACAUGCACAGCAGUGCUAAAGACACAAUUCUUGCCUCGAGACCGCAAGGAAUUGCUCCCUUCCUCAUGCCUGUGCCAGAGGUUUCAUCAAUUCAAAAUAUGCAAGUAUAUCUCACCUCGUCUACACCGCCGGCCUCAGCCAGUUGUCGUUUUUGGACCUUUGAAAUUCAUUUGGAUUUUGUUUCCAAGUUCGACUAUUGCCUUGCCGACUUCUUCCCUCCAUGUCUUGCUAGGAUUAGCAAUGAUAGACUCAUUAUUGAGGAUACCCUGACAUGCUCAAGGAUAUUUCGGUUCUGUCACCCAACACGCAAGACUAUACUUCUAUCAGUGCAAUUGACUCAUCAGUUGGGGUAUAAUACAACUAAACUCAAAGUUGCAACUAUAACUGAUGCUCUCACAUCAUGGCAACUUGUUGUAUUAGGGCCUAAAUUUGAUAAAGUUGAUUUCGAACAAUUGCAAAAUUCGUUGACAUGGACAUCAAAGGGGUCUUUGAAUAGGGUUGAGGUUGAAGACGGUAACUCUUUCGACUUUACUGGAGAGAUAAGCCUUGACCUUGAGGAAAUCGAAUGUCUCCCCUUGCACUCGAUCGCGUCUCACGCAACUCAGCCGGUGAAUGGGGACAAGGACAAAGAUGUGUGGUCAAUAUGGGACGUCCUGUUCGCAUGA